CGCACGCACGCACACACACACACACACACACACACACACACACACACACACACACACACACACACACACACACACACACACACACACACACACACGCACAGCCCCAGUAAAGCCACUGGACAACGACAGGCCUGCCUGCUCGGCCACUGUGUUCCGGAUCGCUGUGUUUGCUCUCUCUUGGUUGAAUUCAUCAUUUUUUAAAUGUUGGAAACGAAAGGGCGACACAAGAGGGGACGAUCUGGAGCGGCUCUUCUGAAAUAGAGGGAAUAUGUAUCUCUCCUGGCUGACUUCUGCACUUCUGCUUGGAACUUUCUGUGCAGGGCCAAGCCAUGGGGAGGUGGACAUGCGUGAGUGUCUGUACUACAACGUGAACUACGAGAUAGAGAAGACGAACCAGAGCGGGGUGGAGCGCUGCGAGGGGGAGAAGGACAAGCGCUCCCACUGCUACGCCUCCUGGAGGAACACCUCAGGCAGCGUGGAGCUGGUGAAGAAGGGCUGCUGGCUCGACGACUACAACUGCUAUGACCGCCAGGAGUGUGUAGCGACGGAGGACAGUCAUCAGGUCUUCUUCUGCUGCUGUGAGGGAAACUUCUGCAACGAGCGCUUCACCCACCAGCCCCCCAACGGACCGACUUUCCAAAAACCUCCCCCCAGCUCCAGUGUGCUCAGUGUGAGUGUGUAUUGCCUGCUGCCCAUCACCACGCUGUCCCUGUUGCUGCUCUCCGCCCUCUGGAUGUACCGCCACCGCAAGCCCCCGUACGGACACGUGGACAUCAUCGAGGACCCGGGGCCAGGGCCCUCCUCCCCUCUGGUGGGGCUCAAACCCCUGCAGUUGCUGGAGAUCAAAGCCAGGGGGCGCUUUGGCUGCGUGUGGAAGGCCCAGAUGAUGAACGAAUAUGUGGCCGUCAAGGUGUUCCCUAUGCAGGACAAGUUUUCCUGGGAGAGUGAGCGGGACAUCUACGCCACGCCGGGCAUGAGACACGAGAACCUUCUGCGCUACAUCGGAGCGGAGCGCCGCGGCAGCAGCCUGGACAGCGAGCUAUGGCUCAUCACAGAGUUCCACGAGAGGGGCUCUCUGUCCGACUACCUGAAGGGGAACAUCCUGGCCUGGAGCGACCUCUGUCACAUUGCGGAGUGCAUGGCCCGGGGCCUAGCUUACCUCCACGAGGACAUCCCCCGCUUCAAGGGAGAGGGGCCCAAACCUGCCAUCGCCCACAGGGAUUUCAAGAGUAAGAAUGUGAUGUUGAAGAUGGAUCUAACAGCCGUGAUCGGGGACUUUGGUCUGGCUGUGGUCUUUGAGCCUGGGGAGCCACCUGGAGACACGCACGGCCAGGUGGGCACGCGGCGCUACAUGGCCCCAGAGGUCCUGGAGGGAGCCAUCAACUUCCAGAGGGACGCCUUCCUCAGGAUAGACAUGUACGCCAUGGGCCUGGUGCUCUGGGAGCUGGUGUCCCGAUGCAAGGCGUCUGAUGGUCCAGUGGAUGAGUACCUGCUGCCGUUCGAGGAGGAGAUCGGUCAACACCCCACUCUGGAGGACCUGCAGGAGGUGGUGGUCCACAAGAAGCUAAGGCCCGUGUUCAAGGACUGGUGGCUCAAACACAACGGCCUGGGCCUGAUGUGUGAGACGGUGGAGGAGUGCUGGGACCACGACGCCGAGGCUCGCCUGUCGGCGGGCUGCGUAGAGGAACGGAUCUCACAGAUCCGCCGCCUCAACGCCACCAUAAUUCCGCCUACCUCCGAGAACCACGCCCUGCUGGUCUCCAUGGUCUUGCCCGUUCCCAUGGUCACCAAUGUGGACCUGCCCCCCAAAGAGUCCAGCAUAUGAUCACUCAAGACACUUGACGUAAAACAACAACCCUUGACCUUUUCAAUUAUCUCCCCAAUUUUUUUUCCGGAGACCUGACAUUACCCAGAAUUCCUGGAGUUCACUUCAACUUCCUCUUCCUGACGUACGACUAACUGUGCUAACUAAGCUAGAGGAACAACACGGACACACAAACACACACACAGAUAUAAAUGCACAAAUAACACACACUAUACCCUCUCAGUGGAAUUUAACUAUUUCAGGCCCACGUUCCACAUGAAUGCCGCUGCUAUUGAACAUGUGCUAUGAGUGCAAUCUCUCUCUCUCUCUCUCUCUCUCUCUCUCUCUCUCUCUCUCUCUCCGUCUCACUCUCUUGCCAUCUCUCUCUCUCUCUCUCUCUCUCUCUGUCUCACUCUCUUGCCAUCUCUCUCUCCCUCUCCAUCCCUCCCUCGCCCUUUCUCAUGCUCUGUCUCUCUGUCUGUCUAUAUUUUGUAACCAUACUACCAGCACAUGUUGUGUAUUUUACAUUUGAACGUUUCACGUUUCAAUGACAUAGUUCAAACGGCUGACGCACACACACACACACACACACACACACACACACACACACACACACACACACACACACACACACACACACACACACACACACACACACACACACACACACACACACCACGUCAAUAUGCAUUCAGGGUCCGACUGAGUGAAUGAUCUUUCUCUAGGAACCUCAGCGACAACUAUAUUUUUGCUUUUGAUCUUUUAUGGACUUUUUUAGACGGUUUUCUCUGGUAUUCCAUCUUCCUUGUCCAAUUAUUCAGAACUGUAUUUUGGUAGCAGGUACAGAAAAAUAAGCAGUUCUCGUACUGAUAACACACUCACCUGCCUGCCAAGCAGCCUGCCUUCUGUGUCACCUAGCAACCACCUACCACCCAGCAUUGGAUGAUUUUACAACAAUGCUGCAAAAAUCCCUGUAGGAACACGACUGUUACAUAAACACACACACACACAUACACGCACACCCACACACACACACACACACACACACACACACACACACACACACACACACACACACACACACACACACACACACACACACACAAUAACACAAACAUCAAGAACCUACUUCUGUUCAAGGAGUUUUUUUACAACUGUUUAUGUUCUUUUUUACACCUUGAAUUUGACCUUCUUUCCUCAGUCUGCUGGCGCUAUAAACACAAUACAUACCUUCGGAUCGAACGGGUUGAAUCCAAAAAAACACAGGAUAAAUGUCAGGUCAGCUCGGCAAGAAGCAGCAAAAGCGUUUUUUUAUGUGAAAGAACGAAAUUUGACAUGGUUUGUUUUGAAAACAAGAGCUUGUUUUUUCUUUUUUUUUCGUUGCUCAUUUUUAUUCUGACUGAAGACUGGGAAAGAGGACUGUCUUGGAAUGGAGAUUGGAACGGGUCGUUUUUCCUUCAGGAAACCAACCUUGCAUGUCACGUUUUUUCGAGAUCGGUUGAGAGAACACCCAACCUCAGCAUUAUGGUUGGCACGGCAAUGAACUUCUCAGGUAACCAGGUCUACCAGGGACAAGGGGUGUGGAUUUUGGAGAGGAGGAAAGACCCAAGUGGCCGGCGAGAGACUUUGGCGAGGCUUGUCUGUAAAAUGCCUGUUGGCCGUCCUGAAAUAAGUACAUUUUCAAGGUGCCCAAACAAGAGGUUGAAACACUGGUUCCCCUAAGGUGCAAAGACCUCUUAAUGCAUCCACAUUAUGCAGUCAGCGUGUGACUGUGUUUUGGAGCCUUUUGAGUCUACGUGAAUGUUUCUGUUUGUGUGUGUGUCUGUUUGUUUGUGUGUGUGUGUAUCUGUUUGUGUGUGUGUGUGUGUGUGUGUGUGUAUGUGUGUGUGUGUGUGUGUGUGUGUGUGUGUGUGUGUGUGUGUGUGUGUGUGUGUGUAUGGUAUAUAAUGAAUUUUUUCUUUUUUCAAAUGCCUUGUUUCUUGUGAGAUUUCUUACUAUCAAUAUGAAUUGGCCAGUGAAUGAUCCGUCACCCGGAAGUUCACAACAUUUCUUAUUUCCUGGCCAAACUGCAACGCCACAAACCACCGUUGGAACCACUGGCCUUCAACUGUGGCCGCCAUGGAUUAAGGUUUCCCUGUUCCCAUCUCUCCGUACAGUUCUCCAGCCAUGAGACAUCGGUGCAGUGUGAACUCCCAGCCUGGCCAGUUGUACCACGUCUCCGUGUGGGGCUCAUGUCGUGUGUUUGACCUGUUGAGUUAGGAUCCCAUGCAGAGCAGAGGACUGGGUAAGAAUCCAGGGACAGUGAGUUAGAGGUCAGCGUUAGAGGUCUCUGCUUCCUCCCUGCUCUGACCUCUUCUUUGCACUCCUCUCAUGUUGCUCUGUGCAUCCUCCCCGGACCAAAACCAUGCUUUCUGUUGCCUUGGAAACAGGCCACAAACAGCUCAGCACAUAACACACACAUUUUUAUGCACACACACACACACGCACACACACACGCACACGCACACACACACACACACACACACACACACACACACUCAUCCCUCAAUAUAUGACAAUAAGUACUUUAAACAAACAAAGCAAACUGAGGAUUAUGUCUUUUCGUGUUUCUUUCACUCAGCUUGGGAGCCGAAUGUGUUUUUUGUCCUUCUGUGAUGCCAUACACGGAACCAUGAAUGUCCAACAUGCUGCUGUUGAUGAUUCAAAAACUCAAAGAUGAAUAUAUUUCUGUAUCUUCUUUUUUUUUUAUUAGUUGUGAUUUUUACUUUCAGUGCAUUGAACACAUGCAACAACUCUCUCUCUCUCUCUCUCUCUCUCUCUCUCUCUCUCUCUCUCUCUCUCUCUCUCUCUCUCUCUCUCUCUCUCUCUCUCUCUCUCUCUCUCUCUCGCUCUCUUAGUCUCUCUUCCCCCCUCUCUGUGAGGUUAGCAGAGAGCGGGGAAGGGGUGCGUUGCAGAGCCACACGUGUCAAAAUAUUCAAAAUUGUCAGGGACAAUAAGGCGCUAAAGCUAGUGAAGAGAUUGCAUGCGUGAAAGAAAAAAAAAAUUGAUAAUAAUAAUUAUAAUAAUUAUAAUUAUAAUAAUCAUAAUAAUACAUGACCGGAAAAAAUAUAGGAAAAACAAGAAAAAGUCAGAACGAUUACUGCUCAUCAACCACAAAUCACCUCAAACAAAACACACAGAUAUACCUCAGAUGACUUUUUCUACGUCUUGUAAGUCCUGUUUCUAUAUUUUAUUAGUUGUGUUGACGACUUGUAGUAAACAUAUUUUAUUGUACUUUUUUUUAUUUUGUAGAUUUUACAGUAUAUAAUUAGGGUAUACAUUAUGUUUCCAAUAGGUUUUAUUGAAGGAUGUGCUACCCGGUCAAUGUUUCCCCACUAAGUCUGAAAAAAAAUUAUUAUAAAGGUGGUAACUUUAAGGGAUGGUAAAUACAGAAACGCUGCAGUCUCAAGUGGGCCGUGGACCUAUUGGUUUAUUUUUUUAUCCCUUGUAGUUAAUGCUGUUUGUCUCAGCGUGGUGCUGUUGCAUAGAGCAUACUGGAACCAUGGCCCUUGUAAAUAGUAUUUUACCGUUGAACCGAAUUGUUGAUCCUCUUUCUAGACAUUGUUCCCUCGACUAGACUAGCUGCUCUCUUCUAUUCUCUUUGCUGUAGUCAAAGCUAUUCUUGCUUCCUCCCCUCUUCUUCCUCGCCUUUCCAGAAUCCCUCUUCUUCCUUCAUCACAAUCUGCUGGUUUUGCCUCUACUUGCCACUCCCCUCCCUCCUUCUUCUCUUUCUUUUCUAUACAGUGGGACCUUGGAAUCUCCUUGUUCUCCUGCGUGGACCCCUCACAGCAUUGUGUUCAGCCCACAGUCUCUGCUUGUACGAUAGGCCUGAAUGGAGGCAGGAGAAGGAAAGGAAAUGAGAAUAGCGAUUGUAAAUUCUAUACAAAGAAUUGAAUUAUACACUUCUCAUUUGAUGUUGUAAGUGUAAUUAUUUCCUUUUCGAAACCAGGCUGUCUUUGAAAAUAUUAAAGAUUUUCUAAAGAAGACGACAUAAGUUCAGGGAAAUAAUUGUAACCCUCAUAUUUUAUAUAAGACUUACCUUGAUAAUCUGUGUCUGGGAUCACAGUCAAAAGUGAUCAGAUGAAGACAUAACACAUUAUAAUACAAUUAUCCAUUGAAAACCAAGCAACUAGAUUUUUCCUUGACAUGAUAUAAACUGUGCCAUAUCUUUAACUAAUAUUAGUCAGUUGAUGCAUUCCUUCUACAUGUCGAGUUCAACUUAAAUUAAUAUAAAUUCGCUAACCAGCAUUUUGAAACCACUAUUUUUGUAUUGAAAUGGUACAGUGCCAUAGAAUAUGGUUGUGUUGACUGCCAUGCUGGGAGUGCUGUUGAGAUCAUAAGAAUACCCACGGCGGUGUUACUAUGCCACAAGGGAGGCGGAAGGGGAACUUCACUGUCUCUGCAAUAUCUUUCUUGCUUUUCUCUCAUGUUUUCUUCCAUUUACAUCUUCCAUUCUUCAUAUCUGUGGGGUCUGUUCCUUGUCUCAAAGCAGAAACAAAAAGGAAAGAUGGAUGGGAAAGUAAACACAGGUGGUACCUUCAAUAUUGUCCUCAAGUUCCGCCCUACAGUGAACCCCAUAACAUCAGCCAUACAUAAGGUUGUGAUGAAUAUAUGUAUGUAACAGACAUAACUUCUAGAUAUCUGGAUAGAAAGCAUACUUUAUAUAUUUGGCUACCAAAAGGAAUCAAUCAGAAAAAGUUUUUUUCACUAACAAAACCAAUUCUGCCAACAUUUUGCAAAUCCUUCAAUGUAUUCAAACCCCUACUGGACAGAAGCAUUUGGAAAUGGCAUUAUAGGUUUGUUAAUUCCCUAAGUGACUCCAUAAGUAUUACUGCUUUAAUGUCCACCACAGUAUGGCAGCAUGACAGUAUCUCGCAACAUAUUUAUCUGCUGAUCUGGGUCUUUGGUUGUCUUUGUUGGUGCCUCUCUUCAUCUCUCUUUUCUUUUCACUCAACUCCCUUUACACUUCUUCUUCUUCUGCAUCUUCUUCUUCUUCCCUGAUCAUCAGUAAAUGAGAAAAAAAGUUGUUCAAUGAUUUGCCUGUAUUUAGUGGUUUAAUUUGUUAAUCGUCCCAAUUUACAAUUGAGUGAUGAAAACAAAAUCCUUCAAAUACUCAAUAAUGUGAAUAUGCAUUUGGUUGCGAUUUAACAAAAUUGUCCGAAAACAUCCUUCUCUCAGACUCACGGUCAAUAGGAUUCAGAGUAAGAAAGAUAAUCCUGAAUCAGAAUUAAUUUAUUUGACCUGAAUGUGUACUUUUAUGAUACAUAUUAACAGAACCCAGCCAGUAUUCAUCUCUUGAUGUAGAACAACAGUGAGUUAGUGAACAGUGAGACAUACACAGAUGCCAUCAACAAGCACACUCACUUAAUGAGUUGGAUGGUAGGUGUUUCAGAAACCUAUUACCUAAUUUACAGCUUGACGGGCAGAAAAGUUGUACUCAAGAGCACCAUAGCGGACAGGAAAUGGUACUAUAGCACUUGAUAACGUUUAAAAUAUUUGGAAAUAAACACAAUUUCAAUUCCAUUGGGUCUUUUAAGUUGUUGGUAUGAGAUAAAUAUAUAUAUACCUAACAACAGCUUAUGAAUAGAUUGAAAAGACUCUUGAAAACACAGCUGUUCUUAUUUAUUUAGUUGUUGGAUGUGAUGUCCUUCUGCAAUCUACGACUAAAUGUAGCCUCUGAAACCUUAUCAACGUGUGGGCAAACAUGCUUCCAAGCCUAAACUGGCGUGGGGUGAGAUAUUCAAUUGCCCUGUCGGGUCAAACAAUGGAUGGGACGCUCAGCUGAGUUAGCCUCGGUUGAGUUAGCCUGGCAAGUUAUGCUUCCAUUCUACCGGCAAGUGAUGCAGUAGCAACAUAUUUCAAAUAUUUAACAGACCUGUGAAUUAUAUCAAAAACCAACAGUAACCUCAUCCUGUGCAAAAUGGCCUCUACCGAGUGAACUAAAUCUACAGCUGAACUGUAGAUUUUUUAACAAGUGAAACGUCAGUGAAAAGUCCAUGGUUGUUGUUUUUUCCUGUAACAAUCCACGACACUGGGAUGAUGGUCGAUGUCAGAAAUAAUGCUGUAAUUAUGAGAAUUUCAAUGUAAAUUAUGUUUCUAGUCAAGCCCAUUUUAUUUUAAGAGGCAUGGGGAAGAUAUGCUACGAUUUUAAUUUGCUCAGCCAUGUGGAUGAAUAACUGAUCUUAGGUUUGAUUCCCAAAGUGCACCCCUUGACAAUGACAAUGUGAACCCCAACCUGCUCGGCUUGGAUUUUCUCUGGAUAAAUUGGAGGACUUGGAUUCAAAGGACUUAAAGUUUAUACAAAUUAUACCUGUAUGGAGAGGGGAGUCAUUCAGUGUGGAUAUUAAUCUCCUCUAUUACCAUAUCAUACCAAAAGCUUCCAUAAUACAUACAUUACAUAACUCCUGUAAUUUGUGACCAUAUAGUCAUUAUUGUCAGUUUAUUUAAGCAUUUUAAGCUAGGCUUUUUGUCUGGCUGUAUUUCUUAGUUUCCUUUUCUGAAUCAUAAAUCGAAGGAGAAUCCCACUAAAGAGUAAUGCCGGACAUUAUAAGUCAACAUAAAAACGGUAUAAACGCAAUGCACACACAAAUAUAUUUUUCGACAUUUCCGAAUAUCCCAGUCUUCGACCACCAAUGCAAACUGAUGGGUUUCCUUGGUAUUUGUCAAGGGGUUGGAUGAACAAAGGGGUCUCCCAGCUAUUUGUCAAUCGUUCUUAUUAAUAAAGUGCUGUUUCCUCAGGGGAGGAGAGAGAGAGGUCAACGACAUAAAAGCAGUCGGAUUUGACUCAUCUGUCUCUGCACCUUGGUGGAUUGGGGUGUGCAAGGCUGGCUGAGUCCUGAUUUGAAUGACAUUCCCAAACUUUACAUGUUAAUCAAAAAAAAGCAAGGCACGGUUUGUUUUCGAAAAAGCAACGGAAGGGAUCUGUGAUAGACACAGAAAUGGAAACAUUUUCAAUAGGUUAUAUUUGUUGUAUUUAUUGCAUAAACUGUAUUCAGAAUCCACAUCAUGGAAGGAAUGGGAUUGUAAUUAGAAAUAAGAAAAAAGGUUUUUAAAGGUGAAAUGCCAAAUCAGGAUAUUGCUGUCUUUGCAGAACUCAGUCCUUCUCCAUCACAAUGGGGAUGAAUUUGUGAAAUGUUAAUCUUGUAUCUCGUUUCCCUGUUUUAGCUGAGCUGUAGACGGCCGAGAAAUUCUUAUACUACUGAUUCUCAACAUGCUAUAAAGAAUUUAAAAAAAGAAAGAAGGCAAAAAUGCUUUAUGACUAACAACCUUGACAUGGUGAAAACUGGUUUUGGUUCAGGUUUAAAAAAUAAAUCUCAAGUGUACGUAUGGAGCUUCGGUUUUCUGUAGAUAUAUGCAUAUAUAUAAUAUAUAUAUGAACAGAUGGAUUUUUUUUCUCCAAAAAAAACUUUUGCGACAUGCAUUUAAGAGACAACACCAUUUCCCCCACCACCUCCUUGAGGGAGAAGUAGAAACCUAGUCUUGUUAUAACGGUUAGACAAGAUUCAUAUUGUUUUUUACCAGCAAAGAUCCUUCGAACAUAUCCAUAUAAUUUGCAACAAUGACUGAACAUGCCUUUGUUAUGUUUCUUAUGCUUUUGGAUUAUCUUUUGUAGUGGUUCAAAUUGAAAAACAAAAAAGACGACCAGGCUAUAGAGACGAGGUAGUCUAGUUUUGAAUACAAUGAGGGAACUGUACUCUUGAUGUGUGUAUGUGCGUUCCUCCCUUGGUCUCUCUCUCUUCCUAUCUCUCUCUCUCUCCACAGUGCCAGGACCAUUGUAUGAACGAAUGUAGUGCUAGUCCACAGGAGGCACAUACACACACACAACUAAUUACUAUUGAAAAAAACAGUGAAAAAAAAGGAUUAUCGCAUCAUUAUCUUUUUGUAUAUAAAACAAUAAAAUAAUGUAAAUUAACUUCA